CUUUUUCGCCAUGAUCAUCAGUCGGUUGCUACAAUCUCGUUCGCGUAGUUGUUUUUCAGUAGCCAAGCUUAGUCUACUAACAAUUCUACCAAAACAGACCGGUUGAAUCUAGCUCAGUAAUCUCAGAGGUUUAUCUCCGAAUAUUGAAAUAUAAACUGAACAACUCAUCAUUUUUGUACUGUUUUCAUUAGUGAACAUCGGAAGCAGAUCGUCUCAAAAUGAAGAUCAUACUGCUCAUGAUUAUUUCCGUAGUAGCAUGCAUUGAUGCUGCUGCCAUCUGUGAACGCAAACAAAACGGUCCAAAUGCAGUGUUGCCACUAUCUGACCUCAACGUACAAACGCUAGAUGUUGCCAGUUUACAAGCCGACCAGGAUCCCAAGCAAUCGGAACAUACCAAACGGGAGGUGAUGUUCCGUCCGCUGUUUGUAUACCGUCAACAGGAGAUCAAGAAGCAACACCUCAAAGAACAGCGUGAACAACGUGAACAGCAGCUGCAUCAACACCAUGCAGCACCAACCACCACUACACGCCGUCCACAAAAGCUUGAUUAUGACCCGUAUGACUAUAUGGCUUAAGAUCAACGGGUGAUUUUCGUUUAUUUCUUGGAAGCACAUUACAAUGUGUUCUGUUAUUGUGAGCAAAACUUUUGUUUAACGGGUUUCAGAAAAUUUAUCAUUAUUUACUUGAUGAAUAGAUAAGUAUAAACUAGUGAAGAAGUAGUGAAUGUAAUUCCACUUCACCUUACCAUGACAAAUGGCGUUACUCGGAGAAAUUUACUCCACAUAGUUUUAUUACUUUCAUGACUACUACAUUACAUGUAUUUUAUUUAUAAAGUUUGUAUUAUAUAGUUUGUA